AUGUCUCGGUGGCCGCCCGGGGCCGGUGAGACUACCGCGCGAGCUCAGUGUGGUCGAGCCUCGCGUCCCCCUCCCCAAGCGACAGAGCGUGACCUGGUAGACAAUGAACUCGGAUUCCCUGAGAACCCGCUCGCUCUUGUCCGGUUGGCCUCCCGACAUCUCUGCCCUUCACUGCGGCGGGCGCUGUGUGGGCACCUGGACCGCCCUGGUACCUCGGUUCCCAGCUCCCUCCUCCCCGAGCGGCGGGAGAAGGGCCUUUCCGAGUUACCUGACUCAGCGAAACCCAGGUACCAAGGGGUCAAGGUUCCACACUGUCACAUUCCUGUUAGAAAUUCCCUCGGGGGAGCAAGACGGAUUGCCGGGCAGGUCGAAGUGGCGAACAGAGGCGACAGCGUCCAGGGACUAAGGGCCUCGGUCUUCCUCCCGGCGGUUUCCUGGACUCAACUGAGCGCCGCGGCGGCCUCGGCUAGAGACCGCCUCGCCCUAACCGAAGAGAAGGGGGGGCGGGGGGAAGAACCACUUCUAAGUGCCACCGGCAUCUACGGAGUGGCGAUGGUCUAUGCAGAGCGCCGGUGUCUGGAGUUGUGGGGGAGGGUACUGCGGCCAAGGGCAGGUUGGGAGGACCGUGAAGGCCGGCUGGCCGCAGGGGAACCUUUCCUCUCCGGGUUCAGGGGCCGGGAGCAAACCCCGAGCUGCGGCAAAAAGGGCUGGAACCACCCGGCUCGGCGGCGGAGGGUGGGCCGCCGUCACCUGACCGCCCGCCCCCGCCCCCCGCGAGUAAGGGGCGGUGGUAGCGUCUGCUCGGUUACAAAUGGCCCCUCCCGCCCCGCUCGCCCGCUCGCUCGGGCUCGGCGCGGACCCGCCCGGGAGCGCUCCUCCCGCCGGCUGCCGGCGUCCCGCCGCCCUGCCCGGAGCCGGCCGGCGGUCCCCGCCAACCCCCGAGGGCGCUCCUGGCACCCAGCACGGAGGCUUGCCCGCGGAGGUCGCGCCGGGAGACUGGACCGCGGUGGCGCGCGGCUUGCCUUCCCGCAGCACCUAGAAGGCUUUGCGGUUUCACCAGGAACACACAAUCAGAUGUCCUUUGAUAUGGUGGAUGGUGACUCUUCUCCUGCCUGCGAGUGGUGGUUCAAACCAGCAAAGAGACUUCAGACCUGUGGUGACAGAGGCCUUAAAACCUCACAGGGAGACAUCCUUGGAGCUCCAUGGCCAGGAAGUGCGGGAGGAAACAGGACUUUCAAAGCAGAAAAAGCCCACCAUGUUCCUGCCCAAGGGAGGCCGCGCCAGCCGAGGGUACUCUGUGCAGAGGGCCAGUGGGGCUCCAUACAGUCAGCACCUGCCACAGGCAGCACGGAGGUCCGUCGGCUGGCACGGUGCGGUGGGGCAGCUGGUGUUGUGAAUCAGGCCGUCGCCAAUCAGAGAACGGCUACUUCACAACACCAGGGUCACACCCCACCCCAGGCAGCGCUCCCAGCUCCAGCCCCCAUGCAGCCUCCACCUCGGCCGAUGGCCAUCGCUGGGGCACCGCCAAGCCCCCCAGAACCACAGCAGGCGGCUUUCCAGUUGACACCUCACGCUGUGCAGACACCUCCGCAAACACAGGAGCCCCGAGGCGGUGUCUCCCCAGACGCAGACAGCUCCACUUCGAAGUGAAAGGCACUCCCACCAGCAUCGGCUUCCUGCAGAGAAAACGGAGCCACCAGCUUCCCACGGUGAGAACGGGGUUAUGACCUCGGGAGGGUUGAGCACCACCGACCCGCCCGUUCCUCCUGGUGCUAAGAACACAGCCGUGAGCCGGGCCGAGAUUUUGAUACGUGAUGGUGACCUCUCUGACCUGGGCAGAGUGGAGGGAAGGGAGGCCCUAGGGACAGGAUGGUGGCUCUGGGGACAGUCCUGGAGAGAGGAGGGCCUUUUGUGGCCACACAGACCGGGGACACAUCUAUUUCCUAGAUGGUCCCGGGUGCCCGCGUCGGAACGUGUCCGCACGCCGGACGAGCCUUACGAGGGCCCUUCCAGCCAUCGGUGUGUCUCACACUCCCAUCCUGGGUAAUGUGAUCGGUCAGCUGUGCUGACAGGUGGGUUUCCUCUCCCCAGGACCCCACAGCCAGGGACCUGGCGGCGGGCAGGGGGAGAGGGGUACUGACAGAGGCCUCCCGAGUUGGAGUGUGGUUAUGUUUGAGUACCUAAGUGAAAUCUUCUGUAUGACACCGCUGUUUCUUAGAGCCAAGGAGGAGUUUAAAGCAGAGCGGCUGGUUGACUAGCAUGCUUUCUGAAGCACUAAGCAAAAAGGAGGAUGUCCACCUCUUUGGUUUUCUAUGGGACAGAGCGAGAUCCAGGGCUGGUGCGAUGAACCCAGGCUUCCGUCUGUGUCACCUCGGUGCUUGCUGCUGUCCCCAAGGAAGCCAGAGGGAGGGGUAAAAACACAUCCGGUGCAGAACAAGGUUACACAGAGCCUGGGUUAAUCAUGGCCCUUGAAGCUUCUGUGAAGUUCUGUCCUUGACCCCAAACCGCUCAGGCAUCUCUGAAGUUUGUAGUGUGUUAUGCUUGGGGACAAGCAUCUUUAGAGUGAAGCGCCCCAGUUUUUCCCAGAAAGGCUUCCCCCCGCCUUUUUCUUGAAGCAUAUAAACAGCAUGUCUCUAAGAAUCCGUCUACUAACCUGUUCUCCUUCUACCUCCAGUGUCCAAGUAGGCACCAUUCAGGGUGUGGUCCACGGUGGUGGCAUCAGCACACUGGGAAGGUGGCCCACACACACCUGCUACAUCACAGUCCUGGGGCCUGGAGCCCAGCCUCGGCUCAGGGACUGGGUGUUAACACGACCAGCUCCUGUUGGCCACCCCACAUCCUCUCCCGCUUCCAUUCCAACCUCAUCUCUUCUGCUUGUUCCAGCCAGAAUGGUCUUUUCCAAACACACGCCUAUAUCGUGGGAACCCCUCCAGUCCGUGCCUUAAAACUGCUCAGGGAGCUGGCCUCACCUUAACAGCACUGGCCCCCCAAGUGGCCUUCCCCCCACCCCAACCACCUCUCCAUUCACGCCCUUCCCCCCGCCAGCACCCCUGCCCCAAGACCCCUUUCCAGACCCCCACACCCUCCAAGCUCCCUCCUGCCCCAGGGCGUUCGUACAGCUCAUCCCUGUCUGAAUGCCCCCAGGAUACUCCCCCGAUUGGUGACUUCCUGUCCUCCAGAUUUCAGCCAGCAUUGACUCCGCAACCCGGGAGGCCACGUAAGACAGCUGAUGUUCAGAGCAAGCUGAAUUCUGCCCCUGCAGAACACUCGUCCCAUUUUGUCAUGAUGCCUUCACUGGUGGCAAUCUCUGCUGAAUGUAAUCCUCCCCGCUGGCUGAAUGCUUCCUGUGGGCAGGGACCCUCAGCUGAGUUCAGUGUCUGGCACUGAGUAGUGACUCAAUAAUGAAUUUGUUCAGUCUGUGUUCUUGAGUGUCCUUCAAAGUCAAA